AUGGACGCGCACGGCGCGCGCGCCGGGGACUGGUACUCCUCGCUCCCGUUCGGGACGCGCGGCGUCUUCACGAUCUGCGUCGCGUCGUACGUCCUGUGCGUCCUCGUCGGGUUCGACGACUUCGCGCGCGCGUGCGUCGCGCCGCGUCACGUCCUCGCGACCGGGGAGGUCUACCGCGCGCUCACCGCGCCGUUCUUCCACGGGAGCCUGCUGCACCUCGCGCUGAACAUGACCGCGUUCGUGGGCACGGCGUCCGGCUUGGAGCGAUCGUUGGGGACGACGCAGUUCGCGCUGAUCGUGCUCCUCUUCGCGCUCGUCGCCGCGGCGUACCACGUCGCGCUCGCGACCGCGGCCGCGCUCGUCGGGUUCACCGGCGCGCCGAUGGAGUGCGCGAUCGGGUUGAGCGGGAUCAUCUUCGGCCUCAUCGUCGUGGACACGCACCUGAGCGCGAUCGAGCGACGCAGCGUCUUCGGCUUUUUCGACGUCCCGAGCGGCUGGUAUCCGCUCGGUCUACUGCUGUUCAUUCAGGUCAUCGCCCCCGCGGUGUCGUUCCUCGGCCACGCCGCGGGGCUCCUCGCGGGACUGACGUACGUGCGCGGGUACCUCAACCCGGUGUUGCCGUCCCCCGCGGCGAUCGAGAGCUUCGAGGCGUGGCCCGCGAUGGCGGCCGCGACGCGAAGGCGAGGGUUCGUC